ACUAAUACUGCAAUACAAUACAAGGCACAGAGACACGUGUAGCUACAUAAUUCAUGUAUGUGUGUGUAUAUAUACGAGGGAAUCAUUUGAAGACAGAACUUGAGCAGAUAAGGGCUUGUCUCUUCUGCUUUAUCUCGCGAGAUCAUCGGUUUUUGUGCGAGAAUCUGUUUGAUUUUUCUUUCGUUUUUUAUUUUCGGGAGAUCGAUGGAGGUGAAUGGAGAUGAAGUCGAUGGAGACUUGCUUGUGGGUCUGCUCGAGAGCUUUAGAUAUGGUAAUAUGUAUAAGUAUCCCACCGGAGAUAUUGGUCCGAAGCCUACGGACGAUGCGGAGGACGACGAAGACGGCGACGAUAAAUCUCCCGUGUUUACAUAUUACUAUGACUCAGGAAAUGCGUCGGCCGAGGGAAGUUCAUCGUCGUUGGUAACUUCCGGUUCGGAGGUUCAGAUUGAAUAUCCAGAAAACCGAAUCGAAUCGACCGACGAUCUUUCAGAAGCGAAUUCCACAAAUGGACCGAUUACGGAGCAACUGACGACCGACGGUAGCGAGAUAGAGAUAGAAGAAGAGAAGAACACGAGCACAGAGGAACAACCAGAUCUAGAAAGUUUGCUUGCGAAACAAGAAAGAUAUGAUCUGUUUUGCCCGAAUUGCAAGUCAUGCAUCACCAAGAGAGUGAUUCUCAAGAAACGCAAACGUGGGCAGCACGUUUCAGCUGAGGAGCUAAUUCCCGAGACACCGAUCGAACCGGAGAAAACCGACGACAUCGAUGAAAUGGAGCCACCGGUUAAGGUUCCUGCAGUUUGUCCCGUCGACUCAGAUGAAGAAGAAGAAGAAGAAGAAGAAGAAGAAGAAGAACCGCAGGUGUUCUCAUGCUUAUCGUGUCUGAGAUUCUUCAUCCGGUUAGGAACUAGUUUCAUGCUACUCAAUAUUUUUAAGAACCGGAGAGAACCGGUUCAGGAGCGAGCGGACGGCCACGAUCGGCCUGUGUCAGAGUCUGGGAGAACACCACCGUCCGAUACAGGUUUCGCUGGCGGUGGAGAGGAACACGACCAUGAUCUAACGGCUGGACAAGCUUUUUCACAUGACAGAGAAGAUGGACCCAACUUAGAACCGGAGGAUAUUCGACCGCCCGAUUCGCAUCCAAAACCACAGGAGAGACCUCCUUGUGAUGAUGAUGGUGCACAAGACACUAUCUUUACGACGUCAGAGGAAUCUUCUUCAAGUUACAUGCUCCAGUCUUCCAAAUCAAUGGGAACUACUUGGUGGUGGAGACCUAGUGAUAUCAAUAUGGAUCACAUUCUAGGUUCAAGAAAGCUGCCAAUGCCGUCUCAACCAUUGGGAGUUUUCCGGUGGGGGAAACCUAGUACUAACAUGGAUCAAAUUCAAGACAAAGAUAAUUUACAAGUAGCAGUUCAUGGGGAGACCACAAAUGAUAGGGAAGGAUUUGGACAUGAGAUUUUAAAAUGCAUUGUGUACGGAGGCUUAACCGAAGCCAUCUCUAGUCUUGGCGUUGUCUCCUCCGCAGCUGCUUCCGGUGCUUCCACGUUGAACAUUUUGGCCCUAGCGAUUGCCAAUUUGAUCGGCGGUCUUGUCGUAUGCGGUCACAAUGUGCGAGAUCUGAGAAACGAAAACGUCGAUUUGGUUACAAACCAUUCAGAAGAGCAACAGAAGGAUCAUUACAGUGAGUUGCAAGGAAUACGAGCCAAUUUCCGGUUCCACGUCUUCAUAACGGUCCUCUCUUACAUCUUCUUCGGCUUAAUCCCUCCUCUGGUUUACGUCUUCUCCUUCCACCGAACCGGAAACAGGAACCAUACCGUCGUAUCGGUUUUCUCGGUUUCUUUGGUUUGCAUCGGGUUGCUUAGUAUGAUAAAGGCAUACAUUCGCGAACCGCCCAAAUCUUACCUCAAAUCCGUGAUGUAUUACGUGGGAAUUGCCGUUUCCUCGUCCGGGAUUUCAUAUGUCGUUGGAGAUACCGUUGGAGGAUUUCUUGAGAAUGUUGGUUGGUUUGACGUAAGCCAAACCGGUAUGACUUCGGUGUUGGAGGGAAUCAAAUCGGUUGAACUCGAUCUAGCUUCCAUCUGAUUGUACCGGUUUCCGACAACUCUAAUGUCCGUGGAGAUUGAAGACCCCGUGCUCUUAUGUUGUGUAUCUUCGAAUUCCGUUUUGUUUUCAGGUUGCUGUUGCAAUUUAUCUUCAUAAAAAAACAAAAAAACAUACUGCGACCUUUUUUCAUAACAAAAAAGCUAAUAUUUUGAGAUCCAAACGCCGUUCUUUUAGAGUUUUCGUUUUUUUUUUGACAAAAAGGUUCCUUUUUUAAAGCAAAAGAUCCACUUUUUUUAAUAUGUAUAUUUAUAUAUAUAAAUGUGUGUUUUUCUGACCGUCCAACGCCACAGCAGUAAACACGUGGAUGGAUGCAAUGAAAAACCUCAUAUG